AUGUCAGUGCGGCCGCCGAACUUGCCGGUACUGCCGCUGCGGCAGGAUGUCCUGCUCAGCACGACCCUUUUCGAAGAGAUCGAAAACGGCCUGUCGGAGGAGUUCCUGCAAGAAUACACCGGCGUGCAAGACCUGAACGAGGUGACUUUCCUGGAUCUCCAGGUGGAUGCCGUCGGCGUGGGCGAGCGCGUGGAGUGCCUCGGCGAGCUGCUGCCGAGACUGCAGCAGUUGCGCCUGAGUCGGUCGCACAUUUGCACCAUACGGGAUCUGGGAACAAGCCUCCUGAACCUAAAGGUUCUGUGGCUGUGCCGCUGUUCCUUGCAGGACCUCGGAGGCAUCACCGUACUCCCCGUUCUGGAGGAGCUCUACGUGUCCUUCAACGACGUGAGCGACUUGAGUCCUCUACUUUCCCAUGAGGCGCUGCAAAUCUUGGAUAUGGAGGGCAACUUGGUGGAUGACUUCGAGGAGAUCAGAUCCUUAGAGGUGGUUUCCACACUUCGGGAGCUGGACAUCAGUCUGAACCCAGUGCGGAAGCAGGAGGCUGUGACGAGGGAGCGAAUCCUGGAGGUGCUGCCCCACCUGGAAGUCUUGGACACGAUUCCCAGAAAGCCCCCAAAGCGUGCCUCAAGUGUGCUGCAGCUUCACCUGCGUUCACUUGAUAGCAAUACAUCGACCAUUUGCCCCGUGCUUUUGCAAAGAGAGUCUAGUUCUUCCGACUCGAUGGCGCUGGGGAGUGCGGACCUGGUGUUUUGCUACGACGCGAGCCUGCUUCCCGCCGUCGCACGGCUCUUGGGACCACUCGAGACGUGGCGGCUGCGUGCAACUGCAUCCAUCGCUGCAGCCACUUUGGUGGCCACGCUGCCCAGGCUUCGCUGCUUGUGGCAGGUGGACACAGCUUCCGGACCAGCACUCGCGGAGGUGAUCCACCAGAGCCUGGGGCGCCUGGAAAAGGCUGACUUGGCUCAGCUGGUGGGGGAGAAACUUCUCCUCGGCUUUCCAGAAAGCCUGGCAGCCAAUGAUCUGGGCCAAACUGCCGUGACCUGGGCUGCGGAUUACGGCCUUGCCGAGGUACUUCAGUUGCUGCUCAGCCCGCUCUGUGAUGCUCGCAGCUGGGCACUUGACAAGGUUGAGAGCAAUGGCUGGUACCCGCUCUUCCGCGCUGCCUGGAACGGCCGGGCUGAGUGUGCAAAGCUUCUGCUGCGAGCUGCUGCAGACCCGGAAGGGGUCGCCGGUGCUGGCAGGUAUUCCCCCCUGAUGUCAGCUGCGCGCUGGGGCCACAAUGAGGUAGUGGGGCUGCUGCUCGCCGCGGCCGCCGAACCUGCGCGCUGCAACCGCUUUGGAGAGGACGCGUGGGCGCUCGCGAAAGGUCAGGGACAUGGGCAGGUACUGCAGCUGAUGAGCGAUGCUGGAGCACAUGAGCGCGACCUCUUCGAAGAGGAGUGGCGAACCUCCAACCGUGCACGCAGAACGCUUGGUCAGGGCUGGGUCGCUCUUGGAACUUGGCAGAUCGGUCAGCAUUGUCGAGUGAGCCUGGUGCUAAAUCUCUCCGCGUCCUGGUUGCAGGCCAAAGCUCAUCUGGAGGUGAGCGAUGCUGAGCUGGAGCCCCUCAGUGAGGAAGAAGCGGCAGAGGCAGCAGAGGCGGAGGAAGACAUGCAGAGAAACGAUGAGCUUUGCAGCGUGGCAGCGCUCCUUCAGCAGGUUGCGGCAGAGACGGCCGCACCGCCUGCAGCAGACGACAGCGGCGAUCGCGCGCUCCACGAGCUGCGCCGGCGCGCAAAGGCAUCUUCAGCUGAGCUCGCAACUCCUCCUGCCCCUCUCUCUGAGAAGGAACUUCCGAGCAGUGAAAUCUCCAGCGCAGUGGCGGCCUUCCGAGAGUCUCUUCUUGGCACACUGGGGCCAGCCUGCGGUAACGGAGCUUUCGGAGAAACGGCGGCCAGAUCAACCUCGAAGGCGGCGGCUGAAAGCGAGGAAGCCAAUCCUAGCAAGGCUGAUGAGCCCUCGGAGCAGGAUCUGGUGAUCGAGUCCGUGAAGCGCGCAGAGCGGCCUGGGCCGACUUCCUGGACCUCCCGUGCAAGCACCCUGAGAUCUUCUCGGGAGGCCUCCAGGCGUGCAGGAGGUUUCUUCCCAAGCAAGCGAGCCUGGGGCAGCUCCUCCGGAGGCUCUACUACUUGUGCAUCUUCGGCCUUAGCCAGCAGCAGGUCGGUUUCAUUUUCUGCACGACAGGUGGAGUCAGAAGCUUCAGACCUCACAGCAGGUGAGGACGGUUUGGCGCUGGCGGGGACUCCCUUGGCUGCCAUCCGUCGACGACGCAAAGGUGCCCAAGAGCGCGGCGAGGAGGCUGACAUCCGAAACUUGCUGCGUCGCUUCGAAGCUGGUGUCGGACAGGAGGAGACUUCUCAGACGGCGUGCGGCCCCGCUCCGCGACCUAUGACCUCAGAUGUCCGCAUCAAUCCAGGAAGACCUCUCUCGGCUUCAAGCCCUUCUUCUGGUCUUCGGUCUUCUCCAAAGCGGCAGUCCUCGAAACGCGAGAUCUGUGAUGGAGUGCUGGAGAUGAGUCCGACCUCCUCGCAAAGUAUGCCCAAGCCAAAGGCAUUUGGGUCAGCGGAGGUACUUCUCAUUUCGCAGAGCUGA